AUGGGCCGUGAAGAUCAAGUCGAGGAGCGAGAGGUUCUCGACUCAAUUUUCCCCGAUGAGAUUAUUGAUAUAUCUGAGACCGCAUACAAAGUAUCGAUAACUCUCGAAACCCCCGAACAUGACCCCGAAGAAUCCGAGCAGCCCGUGAUAUACCUGGAAGUGUCAUACCCAGAAGAAUACCCCGAUGAGGCUCCAAAACUCAACAUUUCAUCUCCGCCCAACGCCCCCAGGUACCCACGGAUAGAUAUCCAAGAGGACAAAGAACAACUGCUUGAAUCUCUCCAGGAGACGAUCGAAGAGAAUAUGGGCAUGGCGAUGGUGUUUACGCUCGUGAGCGCACUGAAGGAAAGCGCAGAGAAUAUCAUGGCCGAGCGUGCGAAUGCCGUACAGGCUGAGAUACGGAAAGCAGCUGCCAAAGCAGAGGCUGAAGAAAAUGCUAAAUUCCAGGGUACACCUGUGAACCGGGAGACAUUUUUGGAGUGGAUGGAACGGUUUCAAAAGGAGGUACAGGAGGAGGAGCUGCGGCAAAAGGAGGAGAAGGAAGCAGAGGACAAGAAGAAAAAGUCUGGGAAAGAAGAGAAGAAGCUUACUGGGCGACAACUGUGGGAGAGAGGAUUGGCUGGUAAGGCUGAUUAUGAUGAGGAAGAUGGUGAGGAUGCUAUGCCUGCAGUUGAUAAGCUCAAGGUCACAGCUUAA